UAAAGGGCAGUUUAAAGUCCCGCAGAGGAAUGUCAUCAUUGCUCCCUUUAAAAAUGACGCAAUAAGGGAUUAUCCUGAACAAUCCUUAUUAUAUGACUCGAGGUUAAUUCUUUAUUAAAAUGGAAUAAUAACUUGAAUGAAAACUACAACAUUCAGUAAAUAUAUAUGUAUAAACUGUUAAAGUUCUUCAAUAUUUACCAACACUGGCAACUCCAAAGCGCGGGAAAUCUUAGCGUGGGGAGGAGACUUGUUCCAGGACCCCGGGUUUAUAAAGCUUUUUAUUUUUCCUUUGUGUCUCCUGCUGACCGUGGCCAUAACGCCGAAAGUGACUGGGCAAGCUGAAGAUUACUUGGAAAAGGUGUCUGGACAGUCUAGGGUUGAGGAGCACUCGACAAAAGUGACAAAAUGUUGCGAGCGAAUGACCUGAGUGACUAUGAGCUGCUGCGAGAGAAGAAUAUUCAGGACCGUCAGCAGCUGAUUGCUGCUCUCAUGAAGGAUUUCCAGGAUUUCCAGGAUUCAGUAGCAUGUGUUAAACCUGCAAUACAAACCAAACCAAAGCAUAAGAAGACAGAUGACACUGAUGACUGGUCUCCUAAACGUCAGUAUAAGAGAAGAAGCACCAGUAGAUACCAGCCAUACCACUCGCCACCACGAACUAGAUCACGAAGAGGAAGUAUCAGCUCAUCUACUGUGAGUUCACCAUCAGACUGGCAGCAGCUGGAUGAUGAGGAUCAGGAGGAGGCUCGACCGCUCUUCCUCAGGUUUCGUUUCAAAAAAGUCCAAGAGAUCCUCAGUAACAUCUCAGAUGCAGAAGAGUCAGAUGAAGAGGAUGUUAAGUGUUAUGUUGAGGAUAUGGAUGUGAAUAAAAUGAGACGAGCCACCCGUGAUCUGUCCUCAUCGUUCAGUCUGUCUCCUGUGAAACGCACCAGUAUUGGAAGCUCUAACAGUGGUAGAAAAGGGCGUGGAAGAACCAACUGUACCUUUGAUCCUAAUGUAAACACUGUCAUGCCAGAAAACAUUACUUCUAAAGAUCUGAGAAAUGUUUCUGAUCGCAGCGGAACAAAAAUUUAUAAUGCUAGCAUUGGAACUACAUGUCAUCAAUGCAGGCAAAAGACAAUUGACACAAAGACAGUUUGCCGUUCUGGUGAAUGUAUAGGAGUACGUGGGAUGUUCUGUGGACCAUGCCUGAAGAACAGAUAUGGAGAGGACGUCAGAGAGGUGCUACUUGAUCCUAAGUGGAUGUGUCCCCCAUGUCGAGGUUUGUGUAACUGUUCCAUAUGCCGUAACCGGAAUGGGAAAAGUGCUACGGGGAUUCUCAUCAAUAUAGCCAAGGCUCGUGGAUUUGACAAUGUGAAGGAUUAUCUUGAAAGUCUAAUAAAGUAAUGACCUUGAAAGUAUAAUGUGUAAGUGUGAUGAUGAUGAUGAUUAGACUAAAAAAAGUAGUAAUUCAACCGAGCUAAAGGUGGUUAUUCAUCCACCAAAAAAAUCACAUUUAAUUUUUUAUGUUUUUACAUGAAUACUGUAUUAAGAAUAUGGUAAUCUCUAAAAAAGCUGAGAAAUAUAUUAGAAAAUAGUAGUAUAUUCUGCUUAUGUACCAAUGAAGGUAACAGUAGAAAAUAGAAUAAAUUUAGAUGGGAAUGCAAGUUAAAAGAGACAAGAAGUUCAGUACCAGCAGAGGAAAAUACUCAAUAUUUUUCACAUCAUGACAAGAAAAGAUAUGCGAGACUACAUAUUACAUACUGGUGAACUUGAGUUACCUCUGCCAUAUAUGUUGUGUGUGUUGUGUAUAAUUAUCAUCAUCGCCACCACCAUUUUAAAAACAUUUUUCACGCUUGCGUGGGUUAUUCUUGAUUACCUAAUGGCUUGGUGUCCCAGUUGCCACCAGGCAUAUUUUAAGCAGGAUGUCGUUCCUAUCACCAACCCAUUUUUACAUGGUGGGAAUUGGGCAUUAUACACUACGUAUAUAGAAUUUCCAAGCACCCUCUUAGCUGGCAAGGCAGGGUUGCUACUCAAUAAGUUAAUCAAAGAUUACCAGCCUACUGAUACCUGUCAGGAUUUGCUUGUGUACAGUAUAUAUAUGAAGGGAAAGACUUAACAUAUUUUUCUUUGCUUAUUAGUUCAGAUGAGCAUUUUACUCAGCAUUUGAUAAUAUACAUUAUUUGAAUACAGGUAUUUGAAUCAUAUAGAAAGAUUACAUUUAAUUUGAUGCUGGGGAAAUGUUACCUGUCAGUUAAUGUGAUGCUCAAGGAACUAGUCAUUAUCUUACCUUGUGCAUAUAAUGAUCACCUCCAUUGAAAUGUAUUUGAUUUUUGGUUGUGUGAAGUAUCCCAAGUCAAUAGAGAACUGCCUGUUUUGCACUAAUAGUAGCUGAGACCCAACAUGCAUGCUAGGUACUGGAAUUUUGAGGAAGAUGUGGUGUACAGUCCUCAAAAAAGUAUCAUUGAUGUGGUUUUGUGAGCAGUGUUAGUCUACUAGUUUUGUUACAGUUGACACCAGGUAUACACUAAUAUCUGCUAUGUGGAUAAAAUUAUUUGGAACUACCAGAAUUUCAAAAUAACUAGUUAAUAAAGUUUUGUUUUGCAUAUACUGGUAGUUUAUAAAUACCCAUUCUACACUUAUUGCUGACAUGGGGAACAGGCAUAUCAACAUAUGACGAUGCUCUGGAUAAUAUAUCACAGCAUUUCGUUCUGUAAUUCAAAUUGUUAAGAUGGAAGAAUAUAACAAUACUUUUAGGGUGACUGUACAUGACAAUGCUGCCACAUGUAUAGUGAGUGUGUUAAACGACGAUGAUAAGAUUGCUGAUGAUAUUGCAUGCUAUGUGACAAAACAGGAUUUUUGGUUAAAUGGUACAUUAUUCAUAAUUUUUGCAGUAUUUAUAGUUAAAAAUGAUAGUACAGAGUACUGUAUAUCACAACACUUAGACUUAAGGUGGGAAUACUGCAUGCAGAGUGUGAUGACACUUGAUAUUUUGGUGUAAGAUUAUGCAUAAGCUGCCAUUGUUUUGGUGUAGAAGGUGACUUGUUUUAUAUUGGGAUACAGUUGUCAGGAACAAGUAAGUAAAACAGGUCAAUGUGUCAUGCAAAGCCACUGAUGAUGAUUAGUUUUGUAGGUGUUACUAUUUGUAAGAAUACUGCACCUACUUUUGUUUAUUCAAAGAAUGUUGGAGGUGCUGCCUGGUAUUGAUUAUAGUGUUCGUGAGCUGUCUUCAGCAAAUUCAGUUAAUUUUAAGUGAUGCUUUAGAAUGAUUUAAUUUUGUUGAUAUAUUUGCUGUCUGCAUAAUGAAGACUGGGCAGCAGAGCUGCUCCAGUAUAUAAACUGUACAAUAAUAUGAUGUACUGUAUUUUAAUACAGAAAUUUCCAAAUGUUUUAUGGAAUAUUUUUCCUCCACAUAGUGUUCUCAUAUAUAGUCUAUUUAGAAAAUGAAAAAGAUUUUAGAUGUCAUAAGUAUAAAGAUCUAUUUGUAAAUAUUGUUAAUUAUGUAUACAGAUUUUUAAUUCUUAAGUACAAAAUUUUAGAUUUAAGUUUUAUUACCAUUAAUAUGAGUAAUGAAAAGAUGUAUGGCUGAAAAUUGCUUCAGCUACACAAUUGAUGAAUUGACCAAAUUUCACCGAUUUUCUUGUCAGCUCAGACAUGUGGCUUGGUUGCUUGGUUAAUAAGACACUAACAAUUCCCUCAACUGUUAUUACCACAUCAUAGUGUACUGUGGACAUUAGUACUGGUCUCUACAAUCUCUUAUGAUUUAUAUUAUGCAGCUGUAAUAUAAAUCAUAAGAGAUUGUAGAGACCAGUACUAAUGUUUGCAGUACAAUAGUUGUUGACAGACUGGUGCCAAAACUGUAUUUGUUUGUGUAGUAGCACUACAUGAGGUGUGAGCUGCCAGUUCUCACCAUGUCUGAGGUUACAGGUUGAAGGGGGUCUUAUUUUGAUUGGCUGUAAUCUAAUGUAGUGAUUAGGAUUGGGUCUUACUAGGUUGGGCUCCAAUCCUAUGGUUAGGUUAGGUUGGGGUCUGUUUCAUUAGUUACCAUAAUUCAGAAGGGUUUUCAUGUCAUGGGAGGUUACUAUGUGUAGUACUGUAGUACAGUAUUCUUGGAUCACAAGAUUAGACAUCUCAGAUUAUUUUGCCUGAUAAAUUAAACACCCUAUUGCUAACCUAACCUAACCUAACCCUUCUAGGUAUCAUUAGUGUGUUGAAUCAUCAUGGGAUAAGCUGGGGUGCCUAAUCUUAAUGUGGUCCAUAUUUUUGUCUGUUAGUACAGUAGUGAAUAUUUCCAAAAUGUUUUAUGUAGUUUAUGUCUAACAUGAACUUGAAUUUAAUUUUUUUUUAAUUUUUGUAUUUGUGUAGAAAAUUUGGUACAAUAAACACAUUUUUUGUUAC